AUGGAGCAUGUUGAUGACCUUUUUGAGUCUUCUUCAAGUAGAGAUGAAAAGGUAGAAGCAGUGGAUCUUUUGGAGGAAAGUUGGUUCUUUGAGAACUUGCUUUAUAGAAAAACAAGGAUGUUUAAGUGCCAUUCUGAUCUUUGUCCUUCCUCAAAUUUUGGUCAAGAGAUAGUGGUGAAGAACUUAAAUGGGGAAAACACUUCCUUGACAAGGAAGCUCACAGAAGAUAAUGAUUUUGCCAGUCCUGAUUUGGUUCGCACUCCAUCUUUACCAUCUUGUUUAGGGAGAGAAGAAGGAACUAAAGAAAAAGAAAGUGAUCGCACUAUGAGAAAGUUGAAUCUGCAAACAGUGGAUCCGAAUUUGCUUCAAACACCAAUGCAGUCUCCAACAUGUAUAGGGAGGAGAGAAGGAAUUCAAGAAAAGGAAAAUGAUGGCAGUAGUACCAAAUUGAGUUGCCAAGCAACGCGUCAAAAUUUGCUUAGAACACCAUCUCUACCACUUGAUAUGUGGAGGAAAGAAAUGGUUCAAGAAGAGGAAAGUGAUCCUAGAAUGAGCAAAUGUACUAGGAAAGCAUCGCCUAACGUUCAGCAACAUAAGUGCUUGACACACAGUUCUAGUCUUCCAAGAUGUAGACCACCAAGGAACUUGGAGGUAGAAACCAUUAAAUCAAACUGCACCAAGGAAAUGAGGAGGCGAUACCUUAAUCAAACCAAGUCGAAGAAGAGCCCAAGUGAUCUUGAAAUUGAAGAAGUGCAAGGAUUCAAGGACUUGGGCUUCACAUUUGACAAAGAUUUAAGCCCAAGUGUGGUUAACAUACUUCCUGGUUUGCAACAGAAGCUGCAUGAGGAUUUAGACCAAGAUAAGGUGAGGAGGCCUUAUCUUUCUGAGGCAUGGUGUGUGCAAAGCUGUGCCCCUCCUCCAAUUCCAAAUUGGGCUCCCAAGGCGUCUACAGAAGACAUGAAGGCACAAAUCAAGUUUUGGGCUAGAUCUGUGGCAUCAAAUAUGAGGCAAGAGUGCUGAGGACUUCUGUCCAAAUCAAUAGCCCAAAACAUGAUUGCUGAAGACCUACCAAAAACGUAUGAGGCUUUAACCUUAGAAUUAGGCUGGGUGUCAUGGUCAUGUAUCUAAUCCAUAAUGAUUUUAUAUGCUACAUUUUUUUUUUUUUUGCUGAAUAUUUUAUAUGCUACACUUAUUCUUUGGUAUUUUACAAUUCUUGAAUUUUACAUGGGUGUACAUUGGGACUGUAAGCAAUUCCUCCAAAGCAAGACUCAGAGCCCAAAUGUACAGGACAAGCAAAAAUUGAAGGAAUUGCUAUAGGACGAAUGGAAAUAAAGCUA